CGUGUAUCCCAGUAACCUUCGACUUCGAUAAUCGCCAUUGUCUCUUAACGGCCGUUAACGGCCCCACGCGAAGAAACCCAUCAUCAUACUCCCAACCGUUCGUUCACCCAAUCCCGGAGAAUCCAACGGUUGGAAUCCACCGCCCACCUUUAAGCCCUCCCAAUCCCAUCUGAAAGCAACCAGAUUCUCCGGUCAGAACUCUAACCCACCACUCAGGUUUCUCCACGUGUCAGUUCGACAUGCGUCUUCUUUUCCUCUUGCAUACCUUCAACUUCCGGUAACCCACUCCUUUGACAACGUUGGGCAUUCCUAUCUUUGUCCAUUUUUUUCUUUUUUCGUUUUUUUUUUUUAAACUUGUUUUCUUUUUCUCUUACAAAACAUUUUGUCCCUUUUAACUUCGAAGGGUUUUCUUUCCUAUUUGAUCCAAUCUGAUCUUUCUUCAAAGCAUCAUCAUUUCGUGAAGAAUAACUUCCAUCUUGUAUUUAUUUAUUUAUUUAUUUUUGUGAUAUUUUCAAUUCAUUCAUUCAUGUUAGAGAGACCUCAACUUUUUGGUAUUUUCCAUUGUAGUUUUCCUUUUUCCCUUUACCUUCUUUCGUUGAUUUAGUAUAUAAGGUGGUGGAAUUUCGGUUGAAUGAUUGGUUUUCUGAGGUGGGUUCUUUGGAGGUUUUGAGUGGGAUUAUUUCAUUUCCCGAUUGGGAUAAACAAGUUGCUGGAUUUGAUUGGGUUCUUCUAAAUUUGUGUGUGAGAUGAAUUUUGAAUUUCAUGCGAAAUUGAUGAAUGGUAAGGUGGAAUUAUUGAGGAGAAGUCAACGAGAAAGGAAGGUUGUUGAUGAGGAAUAAUUGCUCAUAGUGGCAUGUGGGCCGUUGCAAAUUGAAGUUAGGGUUUCCUUUUUUGGGUUUGAUCUGGAAGAAAGGAAAGAACUUUAGGGGGUCAUCUAGAUUUAAACGAUCAAGGCUUUAUUGUAAGUUGGGCCGUUUUAUUUUCCCCAUGGUUCAAGGCAAUUUAGCUAACUUUAAGUUCCGGGGGUUUUCAUUUCUAAAUUGAAGAGUUCAAGCGAAGUAAUUUGAUUCCUUUGGUUGGAUUAGAAUAAUUUAAACGUUGUAUUGGGUUCGAAGUGAGGGUUUGUUGAUGUUGUGGAAUAUGGCAGCUGGAGCUGAUUGUUCGCCUCCAUUAAUAUUAGAUGGUGGAACUGGCUGUAUAAAAGAAAAUGUGAGGGAAGAGGAGUUGGAUGUUGCUGAUGAAUUUAAACAGACUUCCUCCAUUGGCAAACCUCCGAGGCAUUUAUCUGUUGUCCGUCACUCAAUAAGCUCUGCUACUUUAGCCCAGCCUGAUUGCACUGAUUUUGACCUGCCAGUAUCUGGACAAAAAUCGCCUACCGAUGGAAGAUCGAGCUUUGUACCAGUUUUCAGAUCAGGAUGCUGCGCUGAAAAAGGGCCAAAGCAGUAUAUGGAGGAUGAACAUAUAUGUAUAGAUAAUCUACUUGAACAAUUAGGUGAAACGGCAGGUUUCCCUUCUCCUGGAGCUUUCUAUGGGGUGUUUGAUGGCCAUGGUGGUACAGAUGCUGCAGUAUUUAUAAGGAAGAAUAUUCUCAAGUUCAUUGUUGAAGAUUCCUCAUUUCCUGUAUGUUUGGAGAAGGCAAUUAAGAGUGCCUUUUUAAAAGCUGAUCAUGCAUUUGCCGGUGAUAGUACACUAGACAUAUCGUCUGGCACCACAGCCCUGACUGCAUUAGUAUCUGGAAGGACUUUGGUAGUUGCAAAUGCGGGUGACUGUCGGGCUGUGCUAGGGAAACGAGGCAGAGCUAUUGAACUAUCAAAGGACCAUAAGCCCAACAGCACGUCUGAAAGGAUUCGAAUAGAAAAACUUGGAGGUGCAGUAUAUGAUGGAUACCUCAAUGGCCAGUUAUCUGUAGCACGUGCUAUUGGAGAUUGGCACAUGAAAGGGCCAGAGGGCUCCUCUUGCCCGCUAAGCGCUGAGCCUGAGUUACAGGAGACACUGCUAACUGAGGAUGAUGAGUUCCUCAUAAUGGGAUGCGAUGGCCUUUGGGAUGUAAUGAGUAGCCAGGGAGCCGUGACAAUCGCCAGGAAAGAACUAAUGAUUCACAAUGACCCGGAAAGAUGUUCAAGAGAGCUUGUGAGAGAAGCCCUGAAGAGGAACACCUGCGACAAUUUAACCGUAAUUGUCAUAUGCUUCUCGCCAGAUCCUCCACCUAGAAUAGAAAUCGCCCCGACACGAGUCAGAAGGAGCAUAUCAGCAGAAGGAUUAAAUCUUCUUAAAGGGGUGUUGGAAUGCACCUUGUGACCACCAUUUCUUGAAUGUACUUCCAGUCUUAUCCUAUUGGAGCUUGCUUCUUUAUUACUACUACUAGUUCUACUACUUGUGAGUUUUCAUUGACGUAGAGAUUUAUUGAAUUUAUAGAUAUAAUGUAUAUUGAACCAGUAGGAUGGAUGGAUGGAUGAUCUGUGAAUUGUGUUCUGUACAGAAUUAGAAAAGUUUUUCACUUCAUUGGUGGGUGCCUAUGAAGUUCAAGGACCUGGACUUCAUUAUGGAGUUGUGGCGAAUAUUGACCGAGAACUUAAACCUAGCCUGCUAAACUUAACAAUCUUAAAGCACAAAAACUUGGAUUCAUCUUUCCUGCGAAAGUUUAGCAGUAGUAGAUGAAUUUGUAUGUAUGUCACAAAUUCCUGUUUGUGUAACAAACAUGAUAAAAUCAUUUUGGAAGGGAGAUUAUUUCCUUGAAACGCAGUUGAAUGCAUUCAUUCUUGG